ACACGCUCCACGACGCACGCACACCAACAUGGCGGCCUCUGUCUCCCCGCUACGCUCCUCCUUCAGGAUUUGUAGCCCGCUAACGUUACACCAUCCCCGCUGCCGGGCCAAGCUACGGACGCACAGAAAAUGCGAGAGCCAGCGGAGACACGUGCACCAGUCUGCGAGCAGGCAUGCUGCUGUGGUGAUUUCGGGGACGGAGUUGGCUCGUCAGCUCCACAGAGAAAUCCAGCAUGAUGUGGAAGAGCUGGUAGCUCAGGGCAACAUGAGACCCCACCUAGGAGUGGUCCUAGUGGGGGACGACCCGGCCAGUCGUACCUAUGUCAGGAACAAGACCCGGGCCGCCAGCAUCCUGGGUAUUUCCAGUGACACAGUGGUGAAGCCGAGGUCCGUGUCCCAAGAGGAGCUGCUGGAGCUGAUUGACAAGAUGAACCGUGACUGGAGGGUCAGCGGCCUGUUAGUGCAGCUGCCACUUCCCGAACACAUCAAUGAACGAGCAGUGUGUAAUGCCAUUGCUCCAGAGAAGGACGUGGAUGGUUUCCAUAUUGUGAAUAUUGGGAAACUGUGUCUGGACCAGAGAUCCAUGGUGCCUGCCACCCCUGCAGCAGUCUGGGAGAUCAUCAAAAGAGCAGGAAUUGAGACAGUGGGAAAGAAUGUGGUGGUCGCUGGUCGCUCCAAAAAUGUCGGAAUGCCGAUUGCAAUGCUGCUGCACACUGAUCGCAACCAUGAACGGCCUGGAGGAGAUGCCACAGUGACCAUUGUCCACAGAUGUACACCGAGGGAGCGGCUGAAGGAGCUAACCAGCCUGGCUGACAUCAUUAUUGCAGCUGCAGGUGUUCCCAGACUGAUCACAGCAGAUAUGGUGAAAGAGGGCGCAGCGGUCAUCGACGUCGGCAUAAAUCGGAUCCAGGACCCAAAGACGGGAAAACUCCGGCUCAUUGGUGACGUGGACUUUGAGGGAGUGAAGGAGAAGGCAGGAAUCAUCACUCCUGUUCCAGGGGGUGUGGGUCCCAUGACGGUCGCCAUGCUGAUGAAGAACACUGUGACUGCUGCCAGAAACGCACUGAUGCAUUAAACACUGACACACUAUAAAGCCAUUUUAAUGAAUGCUAUAUGAUACAAUAUGUAUAUGCAUACAGAGCGGUAUUACCUUUAGGUUUACACACACACACACACACACACACGCACUUUGCCAAACAUCUAGCACACUUUAUUUAAAACUCCAUGAGCUCAAGACUUCAUACCUGCUGGGAAAUUUACUUGAUAUGUACUUUGUUUAUAUUGUGAAUUUGUUCAUUUAUUUAUUUAAGUUAUUUAUUUCAGAGUUCACUUUUUGUGACUUUAGAUUCAUAUUUUUUCUACCGACUUCGUUUUGGUUAAUUUUUGAACAUUCCAGAUUCACUGGAAAAGGAGU